AUGUCAGAAAUAUUAAUAGAUAGUGAACUACUUUCUUGUCCAAUUUGUGCUGAUACCUUUGUUGAUGCAUGUGAUACAGGUUGUGGUCAUACUUUUUGUGAUUUUUGUUUAAAUAGUUGCUUAGAGAACCGACCUGAUAAAUGUCCCGUUUGUUCAAAAGAUCCAUCACCUGUGCAUCCAGCAUUUACAAUUAGAGCAAUUUGCGGUGCUGUUGCGCCACAUGUGGUUGAAGACCCAAGUAUGACAGUAGAAUCAGAGAAAGAACUUGGUAAUAGUUCAUAUUAUAAAAAUAAAUAUGCACAAGCAAUUCUUCACUACAAUAAUGCAAUUAAUAAAUGCACACAUACAGAUCCAAAAAAUUCAUACCUGUAUAAUAAUAGAUCACAAUGUUUUAUUCAUUUACGUCAAUUUAAAAGAGCUUUAGAUGAUUGUGACGAGGCAAUAAGAUUAAAUGAUGAUAAUAUAAAAGCUUACAUGAGAAAAGGUUUAUGUUUAAGAAUGUUAGGUCAUUUCGAAGAGAGUAGAGCAGCAUAUAAUAAAGCAACAAUUUUAGAUAAAGGUGGUGAAUGGAAACAACAAAUUCAGGAUGGUUUAAGAUUUUACCAGCAUCAGCACCAUUACCACAACAACAAUCACAACAACCACAACAACAGCAACCACAACAACCACAACCACAACCACAACAACAACCACAACAACAACAACAACCACAACAACAACAACAACCACAACAACAGCAACAACAACAACCAAGAACUACUCAACCAACUUAUACCGCUCAACCACAACCACAACAACAAUAUUAUUUCCCAUAUGGUCAGCAAUAUACAUCAAACUAUCCACAAUUUAAUCAAAAUCAUGCUAGAUAUCAAUACCCUGGCCAUUAUACAGUAAGAACUAAUGGUAUCCCAAAUCAUACUUUCCAUCCAAAUUAUCAAUAUCAUAAUAUGCAACAACAACAACAGCAACAAGCACAACAACAAGCACAACAACAAGCACAACAACAACAACAACAACAAACUCAACAACCACAACCACAACCACCACAACAACCACUACAACAACCACCACAACAACAACAACCACCACAACCACAAGUUAAUACUAGCACAACCAAUGUAAAUACUACUGUACAACCAACAACAACUACUACUACAACUCAACCUACUUCGACUUCUGCCUCAUCAACAUCAGCAACAUCAUCAUCAAAUUUAAAUAAUGCACGUACUACAAGCCAACAAUCAUUGGGUAGUGCUCCAACCACAGGUAAAGGAAGGGGACGAUCAUCUUCUGGAAAUUGCAAAAGUCAAUAA